CCGGGCGCUCGCAGGGGGAGCUGCUGCAGGCUCCGCGGCGGCGGCGGCAACGGAGGCUGCGGGGGCGGCGGCGCGAGCGGCCGGGCUUGGGGGGGGAGCCGAGCCCGGCCCGGGAGCCCGAGCAGCGAGAGCGCGGGAUACGUAGGCCCCUCACGUUGGAGUCCACAGUCUCCAGGCCGCCUGACCUCCGCACGGGUAUAUGGGAUGGAAGCGGGACCCUCGGGAGCAGCUGCGGGCGCCUACCUGCCCCCCCUGCAGCAGGUAUUCCAGGCACCUCGACGGCCUGGCAUUGGCACUGUGGGGAAACCAAUCAAGCUCUUGGCCAAUUACUUUGAGGUGGACAUUCCUAAGAUCGACGUCUACCACUACGAGGUGGACAUCAAGCCAGAUAAGUGUCCUCGCAGAGUUAAUCGGGAAGUGGUGGAAUACAUGGUCCAGCAUUUCAAGCCUCAGAUCUUUGGUGAUCGCAAGCCCGUGUAUGAUGGAAAGAAGAACAUUUACACUGUCACAGCACUGCCCAUUGGCAACGAACGGGUCGACUUUGAGGUGACAAUCCCUGGGGAAGGGAAGGAUCGAAUUUUUAAGGUCUCCAUCAAGUGGCUAGCCAUUGUGAGCUGGCGCAUGCUGCAUGAGGCCCUGGUCAGUGGCCAGAUCCCUGUUCCCCUGGAGUCGGUGCAAGCCUUGGAUGUGGCCAUGAGGCACCUGGCAUCCAUGAGGUACACCCCUGUGGGCCGCUCCUUCUUCUCACCGCCUGAGGGCUACUACCACCCGCUGGGGGGUGGGCGCGAGGUCUGGUUCGGCUUUCACCAGUCUGUGCGCCCUGCCAUGUGGAAGAUGAUGCUCAACAUUGAUGUCUCAGCCACUGCCUUCUACAAGGCGCAGCCAGUGAUUGAGUUCAUGUGUGAGGUGUUGGACAUCAGGAACAUAGACGAGCAGCCCAAGCCCCUCACGGACUCUCAGCGUGUUCGCUUUACCAAGGAAAUUAAGGGCCUGAAGGUGGAAGUGACCCAUUGUGGACAGAUGAAGAGGAAAUACCGUGUGUGUAAUGUUACCCGCCGCCCUGCUAGCCAUCAGACGUUUCCCUUGCAGCUGGAAAGUGGACAGACUGUAGAGUGCACAGUGGCACAAUAUUUCAAGCAGAAAUACAACCUUCAGCUCAAGUAUCCCCACCUACCUUGCCUACAAGUUGGCCAAGAACAAAAGCAUACCUAUCUGCCCCUAGAGGUCUGUAACAUUGUGGCUGGGCAGCGCUGCAUAAAGAAGCUGACUGACAACCAGACUUCAACCAUGAUAAAGGCUACAGCUAGGUCAGCCCCAGACAGACAGGAGGAGAUAAGUCGCCUGAUGAAGAAUGCCAGCUACAACCUAGAUCCCUACAUCCAGGAAUUUGGAAUCAAAGUGAAAGAUGACAUGACGGAGGUGACGGGGCGAGUGCUGCCGGCGCCCAUCUUGCAGUACGGCGGCCGGAACCGGGCCAUUGCCACACCCAAUCAAGGUGUUUGGGACAUGCGGGGGAAACAGUUCUACAAUGGGAUUGAGAUCAAAGUCUGGGCCAUCGCCUGCUUCGCACCCCAAAAACAGUGUCGAGAAGAGGUGCUCAAGAACUUCACAGACCAGCUGCGGAAGAUUUCCAAGGAUGCAGGGAUGCCCAUCCAGGGUCAGCCUUGUUUCUGCAAAUACGCACAAGGGGCUGACAGCGUGGAGCCCAUGUUCCGGCAUCUCAAGAACACCUACUCAGGGCUGCAGCUCAUUAUCGUCAUCCUGCCAGGGAAGACGCCAGUGUAUGCUGAGGUGAAACGAGUUGGAGAUACUCUUUUGGGAAUGGCAACACAGUGUGUGCAGGUGAAGAACGUGGUCAAGACAUCGCCUCAGACUCUAUCCAACCUCUGCCUCAAGAUCAAUGUCAAACUUGGUGGCAUUAACAACAUCCUAGUCCCACACCAGCGCUCUGCGGUCUUUCAACAGCCAGUGAUAUUCCUAGGAGCAGAUGUUACACACCCCCCAGCAGGGGAUGGGAAAAAACCUUCUAUCACAGCAGUAGUAGGCAGUAUGGAUGCCCACCCCAGCCGAUACUGUGCUACUGUGCGGGUACAGCGACCACGGCAGGAGAUCAUUGAAGACUUGUCCUACAUGGUGCGUGAGCUGCUCAUCCAAUUCUACAAGUCCACCCGCUUCAAGCCGACGCGCAUCAUCUUCUAUCGAGAUGGGGUCCCAGAAGGCCAGCUUCCCCAGAUCCUCCACUAUGAGCUCCUGGCCAUUCGAGAUGCCUGCAUCAAACUGGAAAAGGACUACCAGCCUGGGAUCACUUACAUUGUGGUGCAGAAACGCCAUCACACCCGCCUUUUUUGUGCUGACAAGAAUGAGCGAAUUGGGAAGAGUGGUAACAUCCCAGCUGGGACCACUGUGGACACCAACAUCACCCAUCCAUUUGAGUUUGACUUCUAUCUGUGCAGCCAUGCAGGCAUCCAGGGUACCAGCCGACCAUCCCAUUACUAUGUCCUUUGGGAUGACAACCGUUUCACAGCGGAUGAGCUUCAGAUAUUGACAUACCAGCUGUGCCACACUUAUGUACGAUGCACACGUUCCGUCUCUAUCCCAGCACCAGCCUACUAUGCCCGCCUAGUGGCUUUCCGGGCACGAUACCACCUGGUGGACAAGGAGCAUGACAGUGGAGAGGGGAGCCACAUAUCGGGGCAGAGCAAUGGGCGGGACCCCCAGGCCCUGGCCAAAGCCGUGCAGGUUCACCAGGAUACUCUGCGCACCAUGUACUUCGCUUGAAGGCAGAACGCUGUUACCUCACUGGAUAGAAGAAAGCUUUCCAAGCCCCAGGAGCUGUGCCGCCCAAAUCCAGAGGAAGCAAGGAGGAGGGAGGUGGGGUAGGGAGGAGUGCAGGAGGCCUUGUUUCUUUCUACAGAGGGGGUGUAACGGUGGGGAAUAGGGCCAGCAAGACAGACCACCAGCCAGAAAUCUCUGAUAUUAACCUCAUGCUCCCCACCCCUCACCUCAUCUCGUCACAUCUGGCCCUGACCCCACUGGACCAAGAGGGGCAGCACUGGUGCCCACCAUACACACAGGUGUCUCAUGUGACUCACAGUGCUAACUAAAGACUCAUGCUUGACAGCUUGGUAAGGUCGGCUCUGUAGCCCUGCGGACAAAAGCUGGUAGGUUUGGGUUUGCUACUUUAGUUGGAAAAGUAAAGGGCUUGAGAAAGUGGGUGGGAGGAGGGAAGGAUUUUUUUUUUUAGGAGCCUUAAUCAAAAAAGGUCUAGAUUUGUCUAAAAAGAAAAAUGAAACCAGACCCAGAUCAAUAUUUUAGGAUACUAGAUGUUUUCAUGGGUUCAGAAUCCAGUUUGUAGGAAGAUUUUUAAUGCUAAUAGUUUUGGUUGCUCCUCCCCAGCUGCCACCCCCACCCACCGCCCUUAUUCCUCUCCACAUUUUCUACCCCACCCUACGCCUCCUUCCUGACAGUCAUCCAGCCCUCCUAGCAACACUUAAGGCACUAUGGCACUUAGCUCUGAAGUGACACGACCCUGUCUUCCUUCCGCCUGCUGGUGGGUAACCAGUGCCUUCCCUGUAAUGGUAAUGCUGCAGAACUGCAACCUUUUGUACCUUUCUUUGGGGGAUGGGGUGGGGGUGGGAGAGGAGGUAGGUGGGGAAGAAAUAUCCUGAACACAACAAGCCUCCAGCCAGAAUGCCAGCUAUUUUGCAUUUAAAGGAAUUGACUUCCACAUUCAUUGAGCUUUGGAAAAGAUUACAACCUCAAGAUGGUUAAAAUCCAUUGACAUUUGCACUUUCAGACGUGACUAGUCUCGGAGCUGCUGAGAUGACUGGCCCUUGGCCUUUCCACUUUUGCCUCUUUUUUCCCCAUACCUGCCACCCUGCCCUGGUCUAGAGUUACUUUCAUAGCAUUUCUCACUCUUGGCUUCUUUUUUUUCCCCUGAUGGUCAAGUUUCUUGUGUUUCAAUAUUUCUUAAAUGGGGUGUCUUAUAACAGAAGAUCCUUAGGUUUAAAAUAAGAAAAAGAAAACUAAAUGUUAUUUUUAUACAACAACUUGAGUCUAUUGCCAAAAUCUGGAAAUCGCUCCCAUGCCUGAUGAGUUUACAUCCCGGAAACAUUGAGCCAUCAGAAGGAACUGUGUACCUGACUUGUCUUCUGGCCUGGCUAGGUAAGGGGUGGUAGUCUCCCCAAGGUGGAGCUCGGACUCUAUCCUUCCUCUGUGCAGAAAAUACCUUUUUCUUGCUGCAGGCUCCCUUCUCUGCACUGUCCUGCACUCUUUCCUGCAAAUGCAUCUUCUCUUCCUUUGGACUGGACUGUCCUUUGACUCAUCCCAGAUUCUAGCCUGUCCUGUGGACAGGCUGGGAAUUUUGCUGCUCCCUAAUGCUUCUGUUUACACAAAGGAAUUUUUCCUGGUUUCCCACUAGGGCAUGUGAGUGGGUGGCAUGGUUUUUCCUUUUCUUUUUCUUUUUUUUUUUUUUUUUUGUCUUGAGAUAUGGGGUUUGGCUCUCUUGCAAGACUGGAAACGAAGGGGGUUCUUAUGCUGACCUUGAAGCAAGGUCCCCUCUUUCCUUGACUGUUCUCCCCCCCCCCCCUCGUGUCCUGAGGAGUUUCAACUUCAGUGGGGAAAUUCCUCUUUUUGAAGAGCUUGGGCUUGGGUAUCCCCCUCUGGUUAUGAAGCCAUGAUACCUGAGAUCUAGCCCAGGCUUGGAGGCCAGCUGGGAGAAGGAGGGUCUGAAUCCUGGUCUGUGGAGUUAGAGCUACCCUUUUCUUUCCAAGGCAGCCCUUGUACAGACCCAGAUUUGCUAUGCAAAACAAUUUAUCCCAGGUUCUGUUCUGGUUGGCUACAUUGUUCAACAACUUCAUAAAACGUAGCACAAACAUUCAUUAUGGAGAAAGCAACAGGACUGUUGAGUAACUCCUCCUAUAUUUUUUUCCUGCUGGCUACAGUAUGGGGUGCCCCAUGGGCACAAGCCCAGCUAAGGAACAGAAUGGAGGGCUCUGGGAGGAGGCAGCUUACUGGAGAGCCUACAUUCCUUACACAAGUGCCUAAAGAGAGUGAUGCCAACACUCCAUCUGCCCUGUCCAUCGCCUUCACAUACAGUCUACUUCAUGUUCUGUCACCCUUUAGGGAAGGAGCUCUCCUAGGACAGUGGGCUCUGCAAGUUCUCUAUUUGGGUACAUUUUGGGGCUGUGAUAAGGGCACUAUUCCUGGAGGGUCUAGUCAUUCACCAGCAUUUGCAAAUGUCCAUAGGGAACAGGUGGCAGUCCCUUCUUGCAGCAGCAAGUUUGUGCUCUCUCCUUCUCUAUCUCUGCCUCACUCUCUCCAGUUGUGUUUUAAGCUGGGGCUUGAAAGGCAUAUUUGGUCCUUUGGCAUUGCACAUGCCUUUGAAGAAAUAAAAGCAAGAGAAGCAGUUUGGGCAAUGAUAAGAAAAUUACUUCUUGCCUAAUGUAAUGGAAAAAUAUGUUUGAGACUUGAAAAAUACCCUUGACAAUGUUGAUUAUUCUUGUUCGAAGGGUGUUACACGCACAGUACGAARUGGUGUUGCAAGCAAGCCAAAGCUUGGUUUAAGUAGUGCUUCUUACCAGGCUCCAAGGAAGCACUGAGAGGGCCCUGGUUAGACUCAUCCUCUUAGACAGGCCUCUAACUCCUUUUGUCCCACUGUUUUGCCUGCCUUUUCCUAUUCUCACUUUCCUUGGCUUCCUCUUCCUUUUUUCUGUUCACUCAGCUUGCUUGAUGGCCUGCCUGCCUGCCUGUCUGCCUAUGUGAUGAUGAAUUCUCUGCAUGGCUGCAGUGAUCCCACUGUUAGUUGACAAAGUUAGGCUUAACCCCUUGUCUGCAGAAGACCAACAACCUGCUCCCCACACCCAGUGGUAUUAACCCUGGGUUGGACUCUCCUCAAGCUUACACUAGGGCAGAGCAGUAGGUCUGCCCAACUGGCAUGAAAUCAGGAGGGUUUCUGUCAGUUCCAUAUUUAUCCACUCCUUGGAUCUGGUUUCUCUCAUAUUUUCUGGUUCUGCUUCCUUUUCUCUUUACCUGAGACUUCCCUUUGCUGAGGAUAUUUCAGGGUUGAGCUAUUUGGGUAUUCAGGGUUGGAGAGUUAGAAGAUAGAUACAGAGGAAGAAGGGAGUGUUCGGAAGAGAAUGGAGAGAGUUUGGAUUAAAGAUGAGAAAGGAAAGCAGUGCUCUUUGUCCAGUCCAACACGACCCUUUGGUGUCGAGGUGCUACUGUUGGCUUCUGGGGUUAAACCUGGGGCUAUUGUUGCUGGGAACACUUAGAAUAAGGCUAAAGAGGGUACCUAGAAGUUUGAAACCUCCCUAAAAAGCUCCUAGUCCCCACCUGUGAGAUAGCUCCUCUGUGGUGUCCUCUUUGGCUGAGAAGCAGUGUUUUUGGAUGUUUCUUUUUUCUUUCUUUUUUUUUUUUUUUUCUUGGUCCAGAAUGAUGUGAAUAAGACUGCACACAUGAUGAACAGCCAAGAAGACACUGUUUUCUUACCUUGCUGAUGUGGUAUCUGCAAGGCUAGACCUGGCAUCCUGUGUGACAAAAAAUGAUGGAAGCUCCUUCCUUUUCAGGGUAGAAAAGUCAUCUCAAACUAGCCAAAAGGCAGUUUUGGAAACAAUGUUGGGGAAAGUAAUUUUUAUUUAUUUACCGGGUUUGGGCAGAUCCAGGAUGGUAGCUGGGAAGCCUUUCUUCUUCAAGUCUGAUCAUGGCAGGGAUAUGCAGGGCACUCUUCCCUCUAGGCCUUCUAAGCAGACUGGGGAGGAGGGAAUUCUCUGGUUUUCUCUUUCCCUCCACUUACUAGGACUUGCCUCCUCCCUUGGCCGGGAGAGAGGCUGGGUUGGUGCUCUCCCCUUACUCUACUCCUGACUUAGAACCUCUGGCUGCUGUUUGGGAGCCCAAGAAAGGGAGUGGAAGGAAUGGGCUCAAAACAAAACAAUGAUGUGGGGAAGGCAGAUUUCCUACUUUAAAAAGGAAAAUGGGAAACUCUCCAAGAAUUGUGCAAGUAAAGACAAUGUGUCCAAAUGCACUGAGUCCCCUGGUGUAGUAGCAAUAAGGAAAAAUGAAAUGACUUUCCUGUACACACAGUCCAACCUGAUUGGUGUGUGAUGUUGCACUUAGCAGCCAUGUGGUGGGCAUGUGUGACUACUCUGGGUUUCACUUUAGUUUCUAAACUUUUUAUCCCUCUCAAGUCCAGCAUGGAUGGGGAAGUGUCCCUGGAGCCCCACAGCUGUGUACUUGUUUGCGUUUGUUUCCCUUUGAGACUUGUGUUUGUGUCCUGCUUUGAGCUGUACCUUGUCCAGUCCAUUGUGAAAUUAUCCCAGCAGCUGUAUUGUACAGUUCCUUCAGAAGCAAGCAACAGCAGCAGCACAAUUCUGUGUUUUAUAAAGACAACAGUGGCUUCUAUUUCUAAA